CGGUCACACUGAUCACUGAACUCAACACAGACUCUUUCUCUCUCACUCUCUCUCUCCAUGAUCACCUGCAAGGCUUCAAGCAUCAGCUUUAGUUCAUGCUUUCUUCAACCCACUUGCAAGAGAAACCCCAGAACACUAUGGCUACUUCUUUCAGUUAAUCCUUCUCUGCGUCGCAAUGAGUGCAAAGUUAACUACUCAGUAGACAGAGAAAAGAAGAACCAUACAAGUAAUGCGAGGUGGGGUGAUAAACGAAGGGGAGGUGGUGAUGGUAAACAAGAAGAAGAAUUAGAAGAACCCGGAAAGGUGCAUUGUGAAGUAGAUGUGAUCUCUUGGAGGGAACGGGGAAUCAAGGGGACGAUUUUGGUUUAUGCCGACAUCGAUUCGGUGUGGAAUGCUCUCACUGAUUAUGAGAGGCUCGCUGAUUUCAUUCCAAAUCUUAUUUGCAGUGGGAAAAUACCUUGUCCUCAUCCAGGGCGGAUAUGGUUAGAGCAGAGAGGCUUCCAACGAGCAUUAUAUUGGCAUAUUGAAGCCCGUGUUGUUUUGAAUCUGCAGGAGUUCCCCAAUUCAGAAAAUGGCCAUGAACUCCACUUUUCCAUGGUUGAUGGGGACUUCAAGAAGUUUGAAGGAAAAUGGUCCUUGAAAUCUGGAAAAAGGUCUUCGACAACAAUUUUAUCUUAUGAAGUGAAUGUGAUACCACGAUUCAACUUCCCGGCAAUUUUCUUGGAAAGAAUUAUCAGAUCGGAUCUUCCUGUGAACCUUCAAGCCUUAGCACGUAGGGCCGAGAGAAAUUCUGAAGGGAAUCAAAAGGCACUAAUCACUGGCAGUACCUCUGGUGCAACUUCUAAAGCUGCCCUUCCUUCAGCUGGCACAGUCUACUCUGGUGCAUUGAUUGAAAAGGAUAAAUUGUUCCCCAGCGAGUUGAAGGAGAAUUAUUCAAAUUCUAAUUUUGGUCCGGUGCCUCAUUUUCCUAGUGAAUUAAACAAUAACUGGGGUGUAUUUGGAAAAUUUUGCAGACUUGAUAGGCCUCGCAUGGUAGAUGAAGUUCAUCUUCGUAGAUUUGAUGGCCUAUUGGAAAAUGGAGGAGUUCACCGUUGCGUUGUUGCCAGCAUCACUGUGAAGGCACCUGUUCGUGAAGUAUGGAAUGUUUUGACUUCUUAUGAAUCUCUACCUGAGAUUGUUCCAAAUUUAGCUAUCAGUAAGAUUUUAUCCAGGGAAAACAACAAGGUGCGCAUUCUUCAGGAAGGUUGCAAGGGCCUAUUGUAUAUGGUACUUCAUGCACGUGUUAUCCUGGAUUUGCGUGAGCAUCUUGAGCAGGAGAUUAGUUUUGAGCAGGUCGAAGGGGACUUUGAUUCAUUUCAGGGGAAAUGGCUUCUGGAGCAACUAGGGAAUCAACAUACAUUAUUAAAGUACAUUGUGGAAUCAAAAAUGCACAGAGACUCUUUGCUUUCAGAAGCAAUUAUGGAGGAGGUUAUAUAUGAAGAUCUUCCAUCAAAUUUAUGUGCCAUUAGAGAUUUCAUUGAAAACCAGGAAGGAGAAAAUUCUGUGGAAACAAGUGACACUGGCAAAUGUUCUUGGGGACAAAUGACUCCACCUAGCAAUGAUAAUUAUGAUACUGAAGCCAAUUGUAGAAAGUCAAUGGAACGAGUGUCUAAAAUCAAUGACUCAAGUUCAUUGAGACAAAGACCAAGGGUUCCAGGCUUGCAGAGGGAUAUUGAAAUUCUUAAAGCUGAGCUCUUGACAUUUAUUUCAAAGUACGGGCAGGAAGGAUUUAUGCCCAUGAGAAAGCAACUCCGUUUGCAUGGUAGGGUGGAUAUUGAGAAGGCCAUUACACGCAUGGGUGGAUUCAGAAAGAUUGCCUCAUUGAUGAACCUUGCCCUUGCUUACAAACACCGUAAACCAAAGGGUUACUGGGACAACCUUGAGAAUUUGGAGGAAGAGAUUAAUCGGUUCCAGAGGAGUUGGGGGAUGGAUCCUGCCUAUAUGCCCAGUAGAAAAACUUUUGAACGUGCAGGGCGCUAUGACAUUGCACGUGCCUUGGAGAAAUGGGGAGGUCUUCAUGAAGUUUCGCGGCUCUUAUCACUCAAGGCUAGGCACCCAAACAGACAGGCAAACCUAGCAAAGGAAAAGCAAGUUGAUUUUAUAGCUUACACUGAUACAGUAGCUGAAGAGAAAGUGCCAUAUAAACCUUAUGUUUCUCAGGAUACACAUAAGUGGCUAUCAAAACUAAAACAUUUGGACAUAAACUGGAUGGAAUGAGAAGACCAUUACAUUGAUUGCUGUAUAUAUCGAUUCAUGAAUGU